UAAUGCUAGCCUAUGAAGGCCCGCUAGCAGAAACCAAUUACUCACGUCAAAAAGCAAAGGAAAUGGCCAAGAAAUUCAUACCAGGUGAACUGUGCAGUGUUUGUGGUGACGUAGCAUCUGGAAUUCACUACUCGGUGGCCGCUUGCAACGGGUGCAAAACGUUUUUUCGUAGAGUCGUUUUAGAGAAUCGAACGUAUUCCUGUAAAAAUAAUGGAGACUGUAUAAUUGACAAAUCAAUGCGAUGCUCUUGCCGACAUUGUCGUUACAAAAAAUGCAUAAUUGCCGGAAUGGAUCGCGGAGAAUUGAGCAUGGAACGACGACGGAAACGAAAAAAGUUGAACGGAUUAGAAGGAUCCGAAGAAAGCUGGGAAACUGAGGAUGCUCUUAUCAAUUUGUUGUUGUAUAAAGAAACUUUAUACCAAAAGCUACUGCUCUCCUCCGCAAUGAUGAUACACACUUCUCUGCGGGAAGCGUUGGACAUGACACAAAUUGCAUUCAAUGAUGAAAACCAUACAUAUGAUGAGCGAAUGGAUCCAAAAUACCCAACAAACUUUUCUUAUUGGCGAGCAAAAAUUUUAACUGUUCUUGUCGAAUGGGCAAAAUCGUUUGAGGUAUUCAGUCAUUUAAUACCGGAAGAUCAAAAACGACUCUUCAUCCACACGGCGUUUUCUAAUUUAGUCUUAGCAGAAGCAUUUCACACUCCAGAAAAAUACAACGAUCGGAUAGUGUUUCCAGAUGGACUCUGUGGAUUUCGAAACGUUGCUCAAUCAGUUUCCACGGAUGGUGUUUCGAACAAAACGUUUGGAUUGACGCCGACCGUGGUUGCCGUAAUAAAUGACGUUCUCGUUCCAAUAAGAAGAAUGCGACUAACAAAAGUUGAAUAUGUUUUGCUGCAAGCAAUUAUUUUCUUCGAUCCUGAUUGUCUUUCCCUGACAAAACACGGCUCCCAACUCAUUGCUGCCAAACGCAAGCGACUUCUGGAUUCCCUUCAAAAAUGGCUUCAUCAACAAACGAAAGACUCAAUUGAAGCGUCCACCAGAUUUGCGGAAAUCCUCCUCAGAAUCUGUAAUGUACAGAAAGUGGCGGCAUUCAAACGAGAAACACUGUGCACAAUUGAGACAUUCGAAUUGAUGCAGCCACAUCCGUUCACCAUGGAAAUUUCUAAAAGUUAUCCCGACUUUUCAUAUUUCUGAAAAUUUACAUAUUUAUGAUGCAACUUACAACCAGCUUCUAGUCACUUUAAGCUGAUUUCUAGACAAUAGUCAUUGCAACCCUACAGUAGAUACUAUAAAUGUUUUUAUUUCCCCUUUCCACUACCUCAUGUUAGUUUUUAUAAUCACUAUGCUCACGUGUCAAGAAACUUUCGGAACGUUUCGAUUCGAUUUUUAAUCCGUUGGUGCGAAAUUCAUGUUCUCCCAUUACUCCUUUCGUUUCUUUUUUGAUCAUUUUUGCGCGGGUAUGUUUUCCUUCUAAACGUUCCUAAUUUCAUCGAAUCAAUGUUUUAAUUGUUCAGUAUAUAGACGAUAUGUUGCCAAACCAGUACCCCCAUACCUAUUUCGUCUUCUAGCACUUUCUCAUAUCAGUAUAAAGCUGAGAGU